CCGCCGAGGAAAGCGAAGUUUGGGGGGCCCAUCGGGGUGCGGCAGCGGCUGCCCCGAGCUGAAACGUAGCAGACGCCAACGCCGUCUGUAGUACUCCGUAGCAGGCAGAGCCUCAUCGGUUCCAUUGACACUCCCCGCGCGAGAUAGGUGCGGCUCACCUGACGCGCUAGCGUUGCUCUUCGAGAAGUGAGUAGGUCUUCUAACCUCAAUGACGAAGAAGUGUGCGCCUAUUCUCGCUCCUGUCACGAAGUUUUAGAAUAGGAGUCGUGUUGUGGUUUAAGUUUCUUUUUUUUUUUUCACGAACGAGAGUGACAACUCAGCAUGGAGUGGACCAUGCUGCACGUCUUCACCGCCGUGCUCGCGCUCCUGGCAUCACUUCUAUUUUGGUGGGUCCGACGGAAGUACACCUUCUGGAACGGAAAAGGCGUUCCACACCUUACCUUCUGGCAAUAUCUGGGAUUUUGCGUGGACAUCUACACUAAGCCCCUGAGCAGUGUGAUAAUCAGCGACUACAAGCGAUAUGGACGGAUGUAUGGCUCUUAUCAAGGUACCAGGCCAACGCUCGUGGUUUCCGAUCCAGAUGUUCUACGCGAGAUCAUGGUGUCCAAGUUCAAGGACUUUUCGGACCGAACGGAGGCUCAGCGCGUCAGCAGUGAAGUCUGGCGCAAGUCUAUCAUGAACAUGUCCGGCGACCAGUGGAAGAAAGCCCGAAACGUCUUCACACCGGCGCUGACCUCUACGAGGCUAAAGACGAUUGCGAUGAAGAUUAAUGCCGUCGCUGAAAGGACGGCCUCCCGAGUUGCGGAGGCGGCUGCGCAAGAUAAGCCCGUCAACGUGUCCAAGCUUAUGGAACACACAUCACUGGACACCACGGCUGCUCUAAAUUACAGCGUCGACAUUGACAGUGAAAACGACAAGGACCACCCGCUGUUGAAGUGCCUGUCAGCCUUAUUAAGCGACACCGCUGGUUGGAAUAUAUUAUUGAUGCUCUUCAUGCCUGACCUGUACAAGAAGCUGCAGCCAGACUGGCCUCCAAAGUCGAGCACUGAUCUAUUCAAAGUAUUCGUUUCGCACCUGAUGGAAGAGCGGAAGGCAAACAACAGAAAAGAAGACGACUUCCUUCAGGUGUUUAUGGAUGCCGACUUUGAGUGGGAGGUCAGCGCGGACGGAAAGAAGGAAGAAGGGGAAAAGAAAGGGAUGACACUGGAAGAGAUAACUGCCCAGGGAAUAGUGUUUUUCCUCGCUGGAGUGGAGAGUGUGUCGACGACUCUCAUCCUGACUGCCUACUACUUGGCUCUUCACCCGGAAUACCAGACGAGCGUCCUCACUGAAGUAGACAAAGCAGCUGGUCCCAAGGGUGAAUUCACCUACGAGUCUCUACAAGAACUACCCUGCCUCGAGGCAUGCAUCAAGGAAGCGCUGCGCCUCAGCGCAUCGGAAUCAAUGAUCUUCCGCCAGUGCACCGAGGAAACCACGGUAGCUGGCAUCGACUUCAAGCCGGGCAUGUGCGUGCACGUUCCUUCGGCGGCCAUUCAUCUCGACCCCGAAUAUUUUCCUGAGCCGGAAAAGUUCAAUCCAGAAAGGUUUCUGUCGGAGAACAAGGACAGCGUGAAGCCUUUCACGUUCAUGCCUUUCGGCAAUGGACCACGCAACUGCGUGGGAAUGCGACUCGGCAUGCUGCAGGUCAAAACCACCCUUGCCUGCCUGCUUCGGCGCGUCAGGCUGGAAGCCUGCUCUGAAACUAUGCAACCACUGAAGUUCAAGCCACGGCAACUCCUUCAAGUCACCGAUGGACCAAUUAUUCUCCGUGCUGUACCACGUGACACACCAACGAGCUGAUUCGCGCGCCGAUUUCGGAGUCCUUUACUGCAUUGAGAUAGCAUCGUGUACACUGUUCGAGAAAUAUUGGCAGUUUCCUUUGUUACAGCUAUCGCUUUGUAUACACGUCCUCUACAAGGUUUUUAGGAGCGUAAUGAAGAUAAUCUAUCACAGGAACGCCUAAUGAGCUCUCUAGAAACUCGUAUAGAAACUCUGCAUGUGGAGUUCAAUAUCUAUUCACUUCUCUAAAGAUAGUUGGUGGUGCUCGCGUACUAUAUCUUGCAGGAUGCUUACGAAAGAAGCGUUUUUGUGUUGUGUAUUGUUUCGUAGAGUCAAUAAGCACAGAAAUUUCGGAAAAGGUGCCUCAACAUCUUCGAGGAUGCAUGAAGAAAGUCGACAAAGCGACACAUUGCACCGAAUCUUUUUGCACAGAAACCAAACUAUUGAAACGCAGUUGGAAGCUAAAUAGUGUAAAUUAGUCUUCUGCGAAAUUAUGUAGACCGAAGUAGAUCUACCAAGAAAAGCUGAAAAAUUAUAUCUUGAAGCGCGCAGCGUAAGUCUCGUACAAAUCUUUCCGUUUCCCAGUUGUACCCAUGUUAUAGAUAUUCCACUUUUUACGAAAACGCAAUACACCUCUAAUCACCAGUGAUUGACCACAUCGCAGCUGCUAGGAUCUGUGCACCAACAGAUGGCACCACUAAACAUAAAACCAUAUGGUAAAUCUAAGAGGUAAAUACAGAAUUUAUGUCAGCCAUAUGCUGGUAGUAAUACAAUAGGACGUAAACUAGUUCUUCAAACAUUGGUGAACGACAGAGGUGUCUCUGACAUUUAUAAAUGCUUAGAGAAGUCGCAACUGUGGUAACGAGGGGAUAUUUAAACGUUUUAUGCUCGUUAUUAGCAGCAGCUCGGUUCGCCUGAAGAUGGUCACUUACUGCAGAAUACUGAGAUCGAUAUUUGUGUCACUGCCUUGUUCCACAACCUUCUAAUAUGAGUUUCCGAUAAAAUGCGGCACUGAAAGUGACAAUCACAGCUAAUAAAAAGUGAAACAACU